CACCGGAAGAAGCCGCCGCGGCUCCAGCUCCGGCUCCGCUGCCGGGGCCGAGCCCCGCCGAUGGCUUUCCCGCAGCCCCGGCCCAGCCGGCCCGAGCUGCCGCGGCAGCGGGUGCAGACCCUGGAGUGCGGGCAGGGAGCGGUGCGGGCCGUCCGCUUCAACGCGGACGGGAAUUACUGCCUGACCUGCGGCAGCGACAAGACCCUCAAGCUCUGGAACCCGCACAAGGGCACAGCGCUGCGCUCCUACCAGGGCCACGGCUACGAGGUGCUGGACGCCGCCGGCUCCUUUGACAACAGCCAACUCUGCUCCUGCGGCGCCGACAAGACGGUGGCGCUGUGGGACGUGGCCACCGGGAAAGUGCUCCGCAAGUACCGGGGCCACGCAGGGAAAGUGAACUGUGUCCAGUUCAACGAGGAGGCCACCAUCAUUGUGUCAGGCUCCAUCGACUCCACCGUGCGGUGCUGGGACUGCCGCUCGCGUCGCCCUGACCCCGUCCAGGUCCUGGAUGAGGCCAAGGACGGCGUCUCCAGCGUGAAGCUCUCCAACCACGAGAUCCUUUCGGGCUCCGUGGAUGGUCACGUCCGGCGCUACGACCUCCGCGCAGGGCAGCUCUACAGUGACUACGUCGGGAGCCCCAUCACCAGUGUGUGCUUCAGCAAGGACGGGCAAUGCACCCUCGCCGCCAGCCUUGACUCCACACUGCGCCUGCUGGACAAGGACACGGGCGAGCUGCUGGGCGAGUACAAGGGCCACCGCAGCACGACGUACCGGCUGGACUGCGUGUUGAGCGAGCGGGAUGCCCACGUGGGCUGCGCCUCCGAGGAUGGAUACGUCUACUUUUGGGACCUCGUGGAGGGCUCACUCGCCCUCAGCUUGCUGGUGGGCCGCGGCGUGGUGCAGUCGCUCUGCUUCCACCCCACCUUGCCCUGCCUGCUCGCUGCCACCGAGGGCCAGGUCCAGCUGUGGCGGGAGGACUCCUUCCAAGCCCAGGGCGAUACAGGGACGUGACGUGGUGGGUUUGGGGGGGUCACAGCCUGGGGGGGACCCCUCUGUGCCCCCCAAGAUCCAGGAAUAAACCCGCUCUGUGGAGGGACUGUGGUGCUUUAUUGCGAGCAGCUCAAAUAAAUACAAGCACUGGAAA